UUUUCUGUGUAGGCGUUCCGAUUCCGAGCAGGAUGUGCCGCCGCAGGGCGCGAUCUAUUACUAUACGGACGCGUAGAAUCGGACGCAAGAAUAGGCUGGUACUGGUGCAAAAGUAUGGCCAAGAGCUGCUCAAGAUUGAGGAAGAUGCGCAGUAGGAGAUGUUGACGCAGUGCAAGGACUCACAUUUCAACUGCGUGUAAUUUAACAGGUGCGGAUCGCAGCUGGAGAAGUUCGUCGUUAAGUUCGCCGUCCGUGGACAAACACAACUCAACAUGCCGCACGGGAGGCGGUUCGAACCGCAUCUUUGCCGGGACUGUCGCUUUUAUCAAUCCUAUGAUGUCCACGGUGGGACUAGCAAUCGCACCCCUUUGACACACCCUUAGGCCGGUCCAUUACCUGCCGGUGGCGAAAGACCCUUCCUCAGAUUUGGACCAGCAGGGCGACCUGCUGCAGUACAUCUGGUACACGUCCUGAGAUGCACGUAUGAGAUGUUCGUAUCGGCGCUAGGCUAGGAGGUCGAGAUGGAGUCGCACGACGGGUUUUAGGGCGGUUGUCGGUAGGGUGGUGGCCAAACUGCGCCGUACUACACCGCUUCAUUCCUAGAGGUUUUCUACCACUGCAUGCCGUCCGACACUCCGGAGUUCAUCCUUUACAAGACGCGGCACCUCGGCAACGACGAGGUCUACAUUAUGGAGAGCGAACACAACCGUGACUACCGGCAGGACAUUCUGCCGACGGAGUUUCGCGACGUGUUGAUCGUGAUUUAUCCGCUCAAGAGCAGCCUGUCCCGGAUGACGGUGAACAAGAAGCCGGACGUUCCGUAGUUUGGCCCGCUGUCGGACGAAGUCGUCAUUUGUUGUUCCGGUUCGGCGAGCUUUGUACGCAUUUCGGCCA